AUGGCUUAUCAUUCUGAUCAAUACGCUCUCGAUGCGACCCCAUUAUUAAAUGAAUGCAUAGAAACAUUGCAAGUUGCGAUAAACCAAGAUUUACUCGGAAAUGGGAAGCCGUUGCAUAAAUUGAAAGAUGUUCUGGUAUCUGCCGAAGACAUCCUUCAUCGCCACCUUAGAUUCUUGCUUGAGAGAGAACCGAAACAGCUUGUAAAUGGCGAUUCCAAGUUUUUAAGUGGUUCGGAGAACAUAAUGGAUACCCUCUCUGCACUUGAGCACCUUCUCGAGGAAAAAAGGCGGCAAGCAAAACUGUCAACACCGUUGUUGAGUGGGUCUCAUCCUCAAGAUCCAUUAGCUCAUGGCCACUACUCGUCACGAAGCGCAACAGGCACAAUGAUGUUUCAACUGAUUGUGGCCUUGCAACUAUGCUUGCUGAGGCUAUCAGACUACGUCAUGACGGGUGACCACUUACCCUCAGGCAGGAAUUCAGGUGGCCAAUUUGUUUUUCGUGGAGCAUGGAUACUCUGCUCUGGGAUUGCAGCUUCGAUAGCCGUUAGCAGGCCUGAAAGACGAGGUCCUAUCGUCGCAAAGUUGAAGACAAAAGAAACCGUGUUGGCCCUCGGGGGGUUAGUUUUCUGCAAGCUGAUACAUUCCAAAGUUAAGGCACUAUAUAUUCGGGACAAGAUUUGGAAAUCGACUGUCGAAAUCGAGGAAUGGAUUCGUCAGUGGGAAGCUGUAAGACCACGAGAUGAGGAAGAGCACGAAGAAAAUUUUCAACAAGAGUCAAUGUACAUUGACCACCAAUCCAGACGUCUGAUCGAGUAUGCGGCACAACGCGCUCCAAGUUCGUCGACUUGGCAAUAUUCGGAGGGAGAAAUACGGUUUCUGAUGCUGAAGCGUUUCAUGGACGUUUAUUAUGCGUCGGUUUCAACGGCAAUCGAUACAAAAAGUACUUCUUAUUGGCAACUACCGUUGGUAACCGGAGCUGCUGCAUCGUUCUACUCUCUAACUGGAGCGAGUCGUAAGGCGACUGAGGCUGUCACCUCCAGCUCUCAUGAUCUCAUCCAACAUGCUUGGGGUAUGGUUUCGAUACCUGCGGUCAAGGGCUUGAUGUCACAGGCCUCGAAAUUCAUCAAGGGUGCUUCCGUCGUAGAUCGUAUCACAAUAUGCGGCGUAUCCUGUUUCGUACUUUCCCGUGAACCAGCACCAGAACUUGGCGCCGCAAUAAGAAAACAAAGAGGAGGACACCAGUCUGCUCUUGCAUCCAAGCUUUCGACAAUCGAGGAGGCAGAGGAAUCGGUCCAUGAGGAAGCGAAGUCUGCCUCGCCAACUAAUAAGAAGUUUGCGGGCUCUUGUGGUUCUUUCCGUCAACGGGACAUUAUCUUUCAUUUGACAGGGGGUGGAUUCUUCUCGCACAUUAUUGGAUCUGAUCUUCCAUACUUGCUGGACUGGAGUGCGUCCACAGGGGCUGUCGUGAUCUGCCCCGAGUAUGCGCUACUCCCAAAACAUGCAUUUCCGGUGGCAUUGAAUCAAAUUGCUGCCGUUUAUUCUACUCUAGUGAACGGAAACGCCGCAGCUGAGUUGGGAUUUGAAGUUAAUCGCAUUGUUGUGACUGGAGAGUCAACCGGUGGCAACCUAGCAGCGGCAUUAUGUGUCAAGAUAAUCGAAGCCGGUCUACGGAGUGAAGAGAAAUCCUUCAGUGAAUCAACGGGCGUUGAAUUGCCCCGCCUUCCCGAUUCAAUGAUGCUAAGCUGCGCUGCCUUAAACUUGUCUUUGGAGAUUAGCUAUUCUCGUGUAAUUGGAAAAGAGGAUCCUGUACUUCCCAGUGGUCUUAUUGCAGCAAUAUCGGAUGCCUACCUGCCUAAAGGAGCAGAUAAGACUCAACCCUUGGCAUCUCCUAUUUUCGCGAGUGAUACAGUACUGCGAUUAUUCCCCCCAGUUAUGCUGUUUGCUGGUUCAACCGAUCCUUUACUCGACGACUCAGUUGUUUUCAAUGGUCGCCUUCGUUCUCUUGGUGUCCAGUCCGAGUUGCGGGCUGUCCGAAAUGUGCCACAUGCCUAUUGGGGUCUUGGUACCGCUGGAUUCCCUGAAGCCCUUCAGGUACAACAGGAGUGCCAAGCGUGGCUUUCCCGAGCAUUCCGUGAUUCAUCGAAUGCUUAUAAUAAUAUGUCUCCCUCUCUGUAA